AUGAGGCAAAGCCUCACUCAGACAAGAUACUUCUGCAAGACUUGCCGGAGGUACUGGACAGAGGGUGGAUCUUUAAGGAAUGUGCCGGUCGGAGGUGGUUCGAGGAAGAACAAAAGAUCCACGAUGAUAUUGACACCGUCUUUAGCUUCAACCAAAGUCUCGGAUCUAAGUUCGACGAGCUUCCCUCACUUGUUUCCAUCUCAAAAACCUAAGGCAACACCACUCCACAAUGGCCAGGUUCUUAACCUGGUUUUCUCGGCUAACCAAGAGACUCAUCAUAGUUUGGGUUUGUCUCGUUAUAACGACCAGCAAACCUACCACUCGCCUUCGGCUAUGGAGCUCCUUAGGGCUGGGAUGAUGUCAUCAAAGGGGUUGAAUUCUUUCGUUCCGGCACCGACCCAAGACUCGACUGCGCUUUACUCGACUGGAUUUUCCAUGCAAGACUAUAAACUGACACUCAAUUUUCUGAUCGAUGGAGCUGAAAAUAGGGCUGGUGUGGUCCAUGGAGGUUAA